UUAAGAGAGGGAAAAAAAGAAUACGUAGAGGAGGAGAAGUAGCAGUGCAGUGAAGAAAGCGUGAAAGAGAGAGGCGAGCGUCGCAGCGCUCGACUUCUCUACCUUCCUCGAAUCCUCUGAUUUCCAUCUUCCCUAUCUUCGAAGCAAAAAGAAGGACACCACAGAAGACGAAACCCAUUAUAAACAGCAAAACGAAGCACGGAAGAGAAGGAGACGCCGAAGAAUCGAUCCGAAAUCUUCGUCAUUCGUCGCUGUUGACGGUAACACGCAGGGUUCCUCACGCUUUCUCCCGGCGUUGGCUCCCGGAUCGCGGCUUGUUGAGGGGUUGGACGAGUUUGCGGGAAUCUCCUUCGGUUGUUGAGUUCUGUGGAUCUUUGCUGCUGCAUUCCGGGAUCGCUCGUUCAGUCGCAGCUUGUCGCUUUUGACACCUGAGGUCCUGGCAAAAGUUCUUCUUGUGCCUUGGAAGAAAAAUGUCAGGUAUGUUCCAUGGAGAAGGUCUUGAAGGGUCAUUCAAUUAUGAGGAGAGAAAGGAAAGGAGAUCUGAAGUGGAGAACUCUGAGGACGAGCGAAGAAGAACAAGAAUCGGAUCUCUCAAGAAAAAAGCGUUGAAUGCUUCCACUAGAUUUACCCACUCUUUAAGGAAACGAGGAAGUAGGGUAGAUUUCAGGGUUCCUCCUCUUUCAAUAGAGGAUGUCAGGGAUGCUGACGAGGAGCGAGCAGUCUAUUCAUUUCGGCAACAGCUCAUUGCAAAGAAAUUGUUGCCUAACAAACAUGAUGACUAUCACACGUUGCUCAGAUUCCUCAAGGCUAGAAAGUUCGACUUCGAGAGAGCAACCCAGAUGUGGGCUGAGAUGCUUCAGUGGAGAAAAGAAUUUGGGACAGAUACAAUUAUGGAGGACUUUGAAUUUGAUGAACUGGAGGAUGUUGUGCACUAUUAUCCCCAAGGUUACCAUGGAGUUGACAAGGAGGGAAGGCCAGUCUACAUCGAGAGGCUUGGGAAAGCUGAGCCAAAUAAGCUUAUGAACAUAACUACGAUAGAGCGCUAUUUGAAGUACCAUGUACAAGAAUUUGAGAGAGCCCUGAAUGAGAAAUUUCCUGCAUGCUCCAUUGCUUCCAAAAGACAUAUUGGUUCAUCCACUACAAUAUUGGAUGUACAAGGCGUGGGCUUGAAGAAUUUCGGCAAGACAGCAAGGGACCUGUUGCUCAAUAUGCAGAAAAUAGAUGGUGAUUAUUACCCCGAGACACUACAUCAAUUGUUUAUAGUUAAUGCUGGCCAUGGUUUUAAGCUUCUCUGGAACACUGUAAAAGGAUUUCUGGAUCCCAAAACUACUUCAAAGAUACAUGUUCUUGGAACAAAAUAUCAGAGUAGACUUCUGGAGGCAAUAGACUCAAGCCAACUACCAGAUUUCCUUGGUGGUUCAUGUGCAUGCUAUCAUGAGGGAGGUUGUCUUAGAUCUAAUAAAGGACCUUGGAAUGACCCAGUCAUCAUGAAGCUAGUACAAGGUGUUGAUGCAGCAUUCCUAGGGGAGAGUGGGUAUGUAAUAGAUGGAGAAAAAAGAGGUCACUCUUGUGCUAGACUGUACUUGUCGAAGGGAAGAAGUUGUGACACAUCUGCAGCUGAAUCAGUAUCAGAUGCUGAUGACCUUUAUUCUCCCGAGCCGUCUAUUGCCGAGUAUGCUCCUCUGUCUCCAAUACAUAAAGAAGUCGGAGCAGCAGAUUUUACACCGCAUGAUGACCAUUUUGUAAUGGUUGAUAAAGAUGUUGAUAUUGGCAGAAGAGGAUCCAGGUUUUCUGUUAGGACAACCGAAGAACUAAAAGAUCCUGACCUUGCCUCCUCAACUGCAGCAUUGCAUUCACUUGGUUACCCUGUUGCUGAUAGGCACAGUAACAUCGGAAAAGAUGCAGGAGAAGGAAAGUUGCGUUCUUUUGCAAGAGCAUUGGUAUCGUUCCUUGUAAAAAUGCUAUCCUUCUUGCGUAUCUUACGGUCUAGACAAGAUAGGAGGUUAGAGAAUGUUCAUCCAUCAGAUGCAUUGGACUUGACAUACAAUAAUAAUUCAACUAUGGAAACCAUCAAUGAAAACUGCAUCACUUCUUACGUGGAACGUCUUCAAAAGCUUGAGUUGAUCAUGAAUGAGCUUAGCAACAAGCCUGCAGAGAUUCCUCAAGAAAAAGAACACAUGAUCCUGGAUUCAAUAGACAGGAUAAAGUGUGUAGAGUAUGAUCUUCACAAGACAAAUAAAGUACUGCAAGCGGCUGUGAUGAAGCAAACAGAGAUCGAAGCAACCUUGGAAGCCCUAGAAGACUCCAAUAUUAGGGGGAAAUUUUGUUGAUAUCUGAAGAAGAAUAGCUGUACAUCGAUGAAACAUUUAUAAGAUUGUUUAUGGUAUCAAAUCAGGGGAAGAGGGUGUAGAAAGAGGAAAGGGAAAAGGAAGCAUAUCACAAAUAACAUAUAUUCUGAAAAAAUUUUGGGUUUCAUAUUGUCUCUUUCCACCUGUUAUUACUAUGUAUAAAUUUAGACGCAAUGCGAGAAUAUUAUGCCUUUUCUUUUACACUUGAAGGGGGACCCAUUGGUUCCUUCAAAUUCUGGCCUACUUCAAUACGAUUUCUUCGUUGAGGAGCAUUGGAAACAAAAA